CAUGCUUCGCUUUUUAAACAUGGCCGACCAAGAAAACAGAAUCAUGGAAGUGGACAAGGGGAAGCAUAAACCUUUCGUUGAACAAGUCAAGGCGCUGCUGGACGACUCUACCAGCAGAACAGAGAAGCGGAGGCGUCCAGGGGGUAGCAGCCAGUCCGCCGACGGCUGCUCUACGGCGGAGUACUGUGAGAAGCUGCAGGCAUGGAUGUGGCAGUACUACACUGGAUAUGUGAACUGGCAAAGCUGGCUGUUAGCUUCAGCUAUGGCCGUCCCUCCCUGUUUACAGCCACUUGGCGGAACGUCCACUGCGCUUGUCUUUAACCCCCAGACCUGGCACAAUGCUCCCUUCGGCCUCCCGUCGUCGCCGUACCCACAUACGGUCAAUUCCCCGAGCAGCCGAGCGGGAGAAGCGGCCGUCGGGGCCCCAGCGGCCGCCCAGCAGCAGCAACAGCCGCAGCGGGACCAUGGAAACGCGCCCAGACAGGGUCGGGAGUACAGCAUUCCUUCACCGCUCCAAAGACUUAUGGCAGAGAUGGUGGAUUUCUUCAUACUGUUUUUCAUCAAAGCAACCAUAAUCAUCAGUAUAAUGCACCUAAGUGGAAUUAAGGAUGUUUCCAAGUUCGCCAUGCACUUCAUCGUGGAGGAGAUAGAUGAAGACACGUCGAUGGAGGAGCUGCAGAAAAUGAUGCUCGUUGCCCUCGUGUAUCGGAUAUUAGUUUGUUUUUACGAGAUCGUGUGCAUCUGGGGAGCCGGAGGCGCCACUCCGGGGAAAUUCCUCAUCGGACUCAGGGUCGUUACAUGCGACUCUUCAGUUCUGGUUCAGCCCGAUAGGGUGCUCGUAGUGCCGGCAACGAACGUCUCCCUAUCUGCGUCCACCGUCCGAGCCUUGAACAAGAACUUCUCCAUCGCCUUCUUUUUCCCGGCGUUCAUCACGCUCCUCUUCUUCCAACACAACCGAACUGUCUACGAUAUGGUCGCCGGCACCAUAGUCGUCAAGCGCUCCAGAGUCAGAUGACGCUAAAGCCGAUGAGGGCGGGGGAGUUAAAGUGACUCUGACCAGGAAAACGAAGAGCGCCCGCCAACCCGCGCCGCGGCCAUGAACAGACGAGUCAGCACAGCGGCGCGGUCUGAAAGACUUCACUUUGAGCCGUUUAGGGUUCAGCCAGCUCGCUGUGUUUCUGCAUGAAGGUGCCGCGUUCAGUGUCUGUUCCUUGCCAAAUGUUUGCUGCUUUAUACACAGGAGGAAUGAAGGUAGAUCUACACUUUUAUUGGUAAACACGAGCUUUGCCUUGUUUAAAAUUCCCUCCGCGUUAGGAGUGAAUGCCACGUCUGGGUCAGCGUUUGAACGGCUGAUCAAGCGUUGCAUCGUCGUACCUCAGUAUCUGUUGGCAUCACGGCUCUGUUUCCAAAAGCCAAUAGGGAGAUUUAAAAAGAAAAAAAAAUGUAAAUAAAAUAACUAAUUUAAACCCUUUAACCACCUGGAAACGUACCCAAUAAAUUCACAUUUAUUCUACUUUUGAAUCUGAAAGAACUUUAUGGUAAUUGGGGGGGAAAAAAAGGAAAGGAUGGAGCAGAAGGUAUUUUUAUUUCUGUAUUUCACUGUCCUGGUAUUUCAUAUACUUUAAGAGCAUUGCUAAAAAAGGAUUAAAAACGUAAUAUUCAUUAUCAGUUUAUGACUUGUAUGGAAUUUAAACCUGCCUGAUGGUUUUGAGCUUUAAUAAUAGUCAAUGAGGCCAAUUGUUAUGCGUUCACGUAUUAAAUUAAACGGUUUUGGAAGUGUUUUGAGGUGGUGGAGCGAUUCCUGCUAAGGUAUCCAGUCUGUGAAAUGCACUGCCUCUCUGUAUUAAUGAUCUCCUUUGCAUAUUCACAUUGGUAAGGGAUGGUCCAGCGUUCCCCACCAUCCAAAUUGAAGCCCAACUUGCAUUUUUAAGGCAAAAAGAAAUGCCCCAGGUAGUAUUUAAAUGUUAUGUCAAUGUUAAGUCAAUGCCAGGGAUUGUACAGAUUUAUUUCAGCAGUUCUUCGGUCCGACUGUGGGAGCGACACACUGUGUUUACUUUGCAAUUAAAACAACAACUCUGGUUUAACGGCACAUGGCCAAUGUAUUGAAUGAAAAAUGAGUCACCUCAGCGUAUCUGAGCAGUCUUUGCUCUGACAGCAUGUAUUCGACGACGAAGCAGCUGAGGUGCGACACAUUUUGUGCAACUAAGAAUUUUUUGCAUUUAUUAAAGUUAAAUAUGAUUACCCUCAGUU